AUGUCAGCUUUUGGUGGUGAUUUUCAACUUACAAAUUUCCCUUUCCAGAUACCAUCGACUCUACCCUCUUUUACAGAUGAUCAUCUAUUUCAAUUCAGCCCUGAUACACUCUUCCCUUCGAAGCUUUCCAACCAAUUAUCCGAGAUUAUGACAGAGUUGGUCGAUACUUCAAAGUCAAUGGGACUCGGAAGCACGGGAAUUCUAAGCCCACUUGAUUUUAUGGAACUUUCUACUCUCUUGGGAGUCUCCAAUAUCUCCGCUUCUAUCUCUGCGUUCUUCCACUCUCUUCACUGGCAUUUACCUGUGGUUCAUUUUCCAACCUUCGACCCAGGAAACAUCUCCAACCCUCUUUUACUCUCAAUAUUCUUGUCUGGUGCUACAUAUACUAUUCCAUUGGAUGGAGGAUCCCUGCCAUCCGGUCUCUUCGACGUCGCAGAAGAGUAUAUAUUUCGAAAAAUUGCGGACCUGUCGACACUCGCUUCACCAAAAGAACAUUCGCAACUUUUAUCAACUGUGCAGCUACUACAGAGUGCCCUUAUUAUUGAGAUGCUUCAAUUUGGACAAGACAACAUGCAAACCAGACGUCGAAUUCGCAUCGUCCGACAUCCAUGUUUGGUAUCCACCAUACGGUCCCUAGGGAUUUUCCAGCUCAAGCGAGGAACCGCUCCGACCGUUUGUGAUGAGAGAACUUGGACAAAUUUGGUAGCAGAGGAAUGUUGUAUAAGGUAUUUUUCAUCCCAAUUCUUCCUUAUCUUUUUUUUCUUUCGAGAUAUUUCGCUAAUCAACACAAAGAAUCGCUUGCUGGGUCUUUCUAGCGGAUGGAUUCCUCACAGUCUGCUUCAAAAACCACCCAUCAAUAUCAGUCUUUGA